UUCCCACGAUCAGGAUACACCCCGAUAAAAACAUGAAAGAUCACUUCAACAGGAUAUCCUGGACGAAUGUCCUACCAAGCCUGCUGCUAGUCAUCGUACUCAUGGCCUCUACGGCCUUAGCCUUCCCGGACGGAGCGCCCGCGGAUACGUGUGUGAAAAAGCGGGCCAAUCAGCCGAAUCAUGGCACGGCCAGGAGCCAACCGGCGGAAACGAAUCCCUUCGAGGUGGUGGCCGACUCUCAGACCUACCAUCCCGGCCAGCAGAUCUCGGUGGUGGUGUAUCCGCACUCGGGUCAUGGUCAGGUCUUCCGUGGGUUCUUCCUCCAGGCCCGCGAUGCCCACUCGAAUGAGUGGAUUGGCGAAUGGGUGCAGAGUGAGAACACCAAGACCAUUCCGGAGUGCUCGGCCAUCACGCACGCGGACAAGAAGGACAAGCUGGGGGCCAAGCUCAUCUGGAAGGCGCCGCAGAAUAAGAGGGGAAAUGUCUACUUUACGGGCACUGUGCUUCAGCAGUACGGCACCUUCUGGAGCGACAUCGUCAACAAGGUGCAGGCGGAGCCGCAGUAUUGA